AUGAACGACAACGCAAAUGAGGCAUCCCAAAGUUACUCCUCAGUGGCUUAUCAGCCCAAAGGCAAACGUAUUCGAGUCAUACAGCAAUUUGUAAACACAAUUCUGGAGGAUGACAAAUUUUGUGAACCACCACGCCAGCCUUUUGAACGACCUGGUGAUGACAUACACCUUUAUGAUUUUAUCGGUGCCGUAGACAUCAAGACGGAUCGUCGAGGGAAGAAGUCAGUGCAGUAUCACGUAAAAUGGAAAGGCUAUGGUAUCAACUUUAUGACUUGGGAACCGGAGAGCCAUAUUUUCGAAGAAGAUUUGCUGGAGUUAUGGUCAAAAUAUGGUCGGAUCUGCGCCACCAAGAAAAAGGAUCCGCAGACACUCAGACUUCGUAUGCAGCAACUGCAUCAAUGCCAUCCAUCAGAAGUCCACAGAGCUGAUGUUCAGGAAAUGGCUCAGGCCGACCAUGUUACGCCGCCAAAAUCGCCGGAGACCGUCGAAACAUCCUAUGAGCAGAAUGUUAAACGAGAUGGUGGCAGCCCCGGUCUUGAUCCGUCCCAAAAUCUCAAAGCAUCAAUGGAAGUUGAAGGUCGUGGUAGGGGUGAUCCAGGCCCAUGUACUCCGCUGCGCUUACCUAUGGUCGAUCGGCAACCGACGCCUCCACAACAAAAGGCUGCUCGACUUGAUGAGGCACAUCAGAAUCCUUUGGCAUGCGUCCGUCGCCCUGAACCUCUUGAUAUGUCCCAGGAGCCACAGAAGCAAGAUGCCACAUCCUCACAUCAAUCAGAAACUAACGAGGUUAGACCUAUGGAGGAAGUCGACACGGCAUCUGUGGCCGGUGAUAAUUUCUUAUACCAUGUGCAUACCUCGCGUGAUAAGGCGCCAAAGAACGGGUCACAUACUCGUACUAAGACUGGUUGUCUCACCUGUCGCAGAAGAAAGAAGAAAUGCGACGAAAACCGUCCUUCGUGUUUCAGUUGCAUUCGUCUCAAGUUGCCUUGUCAGGGAUACGAUUCAGGUCCCCGACGGGUAGAACCUGUGCCUAUCCGUGUUCCAGCCACCCGACAGCAGUUCGGCGCGCAAGACACCACUAUGCUUGCACUGCCCCAGCUGUCCGAGAGCCACGAGCGAGUUUCGAAUCAUCUGUUGCAUAGCACUUUUUCAAGCGACUGCAGUGGGCAUCUCCAUGGGUCAAGAUGUCUUCCACGUCUAGCUGAGCUGUAUCUGCCAACACUAAGAGAGGAUGCAGGUAGAGGAGCACGAUCUUGGGAACUAACAGUCGAUGGCGGACGACAGGGUUUCCCCGUGAGGGACUCGACUCUGAGGCCCAUACAGUUUUCUAACGUCCACUCUAUCCCCAGCUGUCCUAGCUCCUCACCGAGCUAUCUGGGCUUUCCUCAGCCGAUCGAGCCCUCUGUAUGGAUCGAGCCAAAUCAGAUGGCAAUUGAGAAAAUGCCACAGCACCACUGA